AUGUCGCUGGCGACGUGCGCGAGCACGACGUUGUCGGCGCUUUUCAUAUGCAAAGGAAACUGGUUUUGCCGCAACGAGUUGCGCAUGACCACGGACAUGCGAUUCCGGCUGCUCGUCAUCUCGAAUCCGUGCAAAAUGUCACUUUCCACCGGGAGCAUCGAAGACUGCGGCCGAGACGACGCCACCAAGCCUCCGUAA